UGUUUACAAACGGUUACCUUUAAGAAAUCGAAAUUAGACUUCGUAUUUCAUAAAGAGAUCGACAAAUAAUUAGCAGAAAUGUCGUUGAAGACGAAAGGAAUGUGCAAAAUAAUCGCCCCUAUAGAAAUUCAGGUGAACAAGUUAAAGCAGCUACUUACAAAUGAUGAUAAUAUCAAGACCAUGGAUAUUGCCGUGGUAAAGAAGAUAUUUUUUGGUCAAAUACAGAUUUUGACGGAUAAAUUUUCUAAUCUAUCCAAGGAAGAUGUAAACGACUAUCCAGAAUUGAAAAACAAAAUCACUGGAAUUAUUGAAGAAUUUUGUGUUAUGAAUAAUUCUAACGAGUCAAUACAAAAUAAUGCAGAUCAUUCCAUCGAAGAGGUUGUAGAAAAUCUCUUGAGUAAAUUUAGUAUGUCCUUGGAGGCUUUGGAAAAACUUGAGUGCCUUCCUUUAAAACAAAGAUUUCAAGAUUGUUGGGAUUACGUCAAAGAAAUGGGUCUCGGCGAAGGAAUCGAAGACUUCCAAAAUAUCAAGGAACUUGGCACUUCUAUUGUCGAAGUCUUUGGUCCUUUGCAAUGUUAUAGAAAGAGCCUAGUAUCGAAUCUGUUAAUGGAAAGGAUUGCUUUAUAUUCAAGUCAGCUCUGUGUAGCCUUUGGUUUCCUAGUUCAGUUAAUAGAGAAGCAGCAUCAGUUGAAUGCUCCGAUCUAUAAUUGUAAGAAGUACAUUUGCGAUAGAAUGUGUUGGUGCUUCCAAAAGAUCAUUGAAGUUUUGGAUAGUUCCAAUCCUUCGCAAGAAGAAGAACAUUUUGAACAGGAAAAUCAUUUUGUGUACAGAAUGGAUCUGGUACUGGAUGUUAUAUCGGGUAUGUCAAGUAAAUCACAACAGGAACAAGUAGAUGAAUGUACAGAAUUGUGGCUUGGAAUAGAAGACGUUUUUUCUCAUGCAAUGGCUAUUGCUCAAGUCUGUCAUCCCUACAACUUCAAAGCAAUUACAGGCGUAUGCCAAUCGAUAAUGUCAGAGUAUGAGAAUUUGAAAACACAACUCCUUUCUGAGAAGCCAGAUCCUACUAUGAAUAAUUUGUUUAUGAAUACAUUGAACGAUGCAUUAUAUCGGCUGGAACGUAAAGUGAAUGUUUCAGUGUUAACAUUGGUAAUGGAAGUAUUCAGUGAUCCAUUUGGUGCAUUAAAAAAACUCAUUAAAUGUUGUGGUAAUUCUUUGAGUGCGAAGAAAAGGAGCAAAGCCGAUCUGAAUAAUGCUAUUGAAGAUUUCGAUCAAGUGACAGAUAAGAUGAUGCAAAUUGGAAUGUUUGCUAUUGCAUGUUGCGGGGAUAUUACUCGCGUAAACAAAAUAAGAAGCUGCCUAGCAAGUUUAGAAACACUAGAAACUGAAUUAGUGCCAGCAAUUGUCUCUUUUUAUUUAAAUCCAGAGGAUAAUGAAAUGAGAUCUAGUCUUGCCCUUUUAAUAGCUCAAUGGCAAGUGGAAAUAAAUAAAUUGCACAAUACCGUGGACGUUAUUAUUGAUUCGGCAGCCUACUGUCAAGUCAUUUUGGAUGAUCUGCAAGAGCGUGUCACCAUAAUGUCAGAUUGUUUAGACAAUAGAGAAGGUGUAACGCAACAACAGGUGCAGGGUGUUGUACAAAAAGCAUCAUCCCUGUCAAGUCAAGUAUCGGCAACUGUAAAAGACAUUGGUGAUGGUAUCGAUCGGCAGACAAUCAUGAUGAUUCGUGAAUUAAAAGCUGCAAUCAUAGAAGCUGAUGCAGCUUCUAAACAGUUUCUGACCGAUAAUGCAACGGAACCUCAACAGCUGAGAGUGAUAAAACGAUGUGAAUUAAUAUUGAACGUGGUUAAAAGAUUACAGCCUGCUUUGGUAGUAAUUAUGAACAAUUCCAUAUUAAUGAAUACUAACUAUGGAAAAGCGGGAAUAGGACAAGGGGAUUCUCUUCAUGAUUCUAGUAUCAGUUUUCCAUCGUCGAUUUAUGGAUUGCCACGAGAUGAAAAGACGAUUUCGUAUAUUCGAACACCGUACACAGUAAAAAAUUACAAGCCACCGUUGUCCAUACAGCCAGCGAAUAGUGUACCAAGAACUGAAUCAGAUAUGUCGUGUUUAAUUCCUUAUAUAAAGAAAGGGCACACGAUACGUACAGAGCGGUCAAUUAUGUAUAAAACACCACGUAAUACCGAGGCUCAUGAUCAGUCAUUAACAAAGAAUGAAUUGAAGAUGCGUAACCUGUUUAAUGUCAGGCAGCACUUAUUCAGCAGAGAUAGUUUUACAUUUCAGAGGGAGAUUGAUUUGACGACAGAAAGUUUAGAUUUGAGUGAUUUUUUGAAGAGAGCAACAUGCUUGACUGCCACUUUAAGUCCAUCCAUUUCUAAUUCUAAUACGCCGAAGGCACAAAAUACUUUACGUGAGUCAACAGGCGAUGGGAAAAAUGUGUCAGACAUAUCGAUUGACUUGUCAGAAAAUGUCUCGGUAGCUCAAGAAGAUCCACGCUUGUCAAAAUAUAACGAUUCCGUUUCCCCACAAAAAGUGGACGAAUGUUCCACUAUUGGUGGCGGAGAUGCUCCAUCUGCCAUUGAGACUCCAGAAAGAGUUGAGGAUAUUCAGAGACUGGAUAAGAAAAUUGCAAUUAUUCAGAAACAGCUAUGCACGGAAUGAUUGGUUAAUGAAGAAUUACUGGAACGAUUAGGAAGUGAUAAAGUAUUGUAUUAGUUAUUAAUCGUUGAAAAGAAAGCAGUAAUUUGCAUAAAUAUUUUUCGUGAAAAUAUUUUUGUAUUAAGAAUGCAGUUUCCAUGUGCUGGGUCUGAAAGAUCCAAGGCGCUGAAAUUUCUACUUAGAGAUAAGGCAUACUUUAGAGGUUAAAAUAUCAUUUGCAACAUGAUUAGAAUCGUGUUCGUUCUCUUUUCAGCCCGUCCAAAAAGUUAAAUAUUGUUAAUAACAGAAGAUUGUAAUGUUUGUUUUAAACUAUUUACAAUUGGUUACCGUGCAAUUGAAUAAAACAGUAUAUUCUUCUAAAAA